AUGGCGGCGGAAACUAGUAUGAAAUCAUCUCCAGAGCUCGAUUUCGGUUCUCCCUAUUACAUGGAUCGAGAAUUUUAUUUCGGUUUUGAUCCGGUGCCGGUUAUACUGAGCCUGGAAGAAGACAACUACGUCCACUGGAAAAUUCGUUUCCAAACAUUCCUUCGAAUAGUGAACAAACUAGGGUUCGUCGACGGCACCCUCGAGAAACCGGACCAAUCAUCGCCGCUCUAUAAACUAUGGGAACAGAACGACUCGAGGGUUACGUGUUGGCUGCUAAAUUCGAUGAGCGAAAAGGUUCAAAUGCGUUUGUAUUCAGCUGAAACGGCGCGUGACUUGUGGGAACGUACCAAGCAGAUAUUCGUCCCUAACCUCGAUCUGAAGAUCUACCAGGUUCGUCGGAAGAUCGCGAAGCUGAGGCAAGGCGGCGACUCGGUGGCUACGUAUUACAGGAAACUGAGCGACGCUUGGAUGGACUUGUCGGAGUACGAUCCAGCUCCGGAGUGUGCGUGCGGCGGCUGCAAGUGCGAGAUCAAGAAACGAGCCCGAGAGGCGAGAGAGAAAGAGGAGCUUUUCGCGUUUUUGAUGGGUUUGAACAAGAGCCUAAGCUUUAUGAGUGCAAUACUCAUGUUCAAGAAACCUCCUCCUCCACUUCACGAAGCCUACUUCAUGGUAGAGCAAGCAGAAUCGGAUCUGAAAAGGAGUCGCUGA